CGUACUGGACCGUUUUGGGAAGGAUGGACCCCGCAGAACAUCCAAGACCGUGAUUUUUCAUAGCCGCUUUUCUUUGCUGGUGUUGGCACGGAAUGCGUAAUAUCGCCGCUAUUGCGCUGGGAAUACAAUACGGGAGAAAUACGUGCGCAGGAAUAUAUGACAAGUGGAGGGGAUAAAACAAAUAUGAUGUUUUUACAUAGUGUCGUUAGUUUCAAUGUUGUAGGCUACUGGAGCGUUGCGUAUCUUGCAGCGCUGGAGUUUGCUGCUGGCCGCUUCCCUCUAGGAUGUCGUGCAAUCGGAAAGAAUGUUUACAUGCUUGUGGAGAUCUUUUCAGUCACGGACUGUAUUCGCGGCUGUGCUGAUGUGAAAAGGGUCCGCUCUUGAAGUCAGAAUGACAGAAAUGUUUCUAAGUCAGUGUGCUGCCUUGGUUGGUGAAGACCAGCCCCUCUGUCCCGACCUCCCAGAACUCGACCUCUCAGAGCUUGAUGUCAGUGACCUGGAUGCGGAUAGCUUCCUGGGCGGCCUCAAGUGGUACAGUGACCAAUCGGAGAUAAUUUCCAGUCAGUAUGGCAACGAGGCUUCCAAUCUGUUCGAGAAGAUAGAUGAGGAAAAUGAGGCCAAUUUGCUGGCAGUGCUUACAGAAACCCUGGACAGCAUCCCGGUGGACGAGGACGGAUUGCCUUCGUUCGAGGCCCUGGCAGAUGGGGACGUGACCAAUGCCAGUGACCAGAGCUGUCCCUCCACCCCCGACGGCUCGCCACGAACCCCUGAACCAGAGGAGCCCUCCCUGCUGAAGAAACUCCUUUUGGCGCCCGCAAACUCCCAGCUCAGCUAUAACCAAUACACAUGUGGCAAAGCACAAAACCAUGCAGCCAACAACCACCGGAUCAGACCAACACCUGCUGCUGUCAAGACCGAGAACUCCUGGAACAGCAAGCCCAGGGGGGGCUGCCCGCAGCAGAGCCGCCUAGUGAGGCACCCCUGCACUGAGCUCCUCAAGUACCUGACCGCCACCGACGACAUCCUCCUCCAGACCAAAGCCAGCGAAGCCAAGAGCGCCUGGGGGGCCGGCGGCAAAGACAAGGGCGGCCUGCUGGGCGCCCCCUCCUCCUCGUCCUCAUCCCCGUCCUCCUCCUCCACCUCCUCCUUCUCCUCCCUCUCGUCGUCCUCCUCGGCCGCCUCCAAAAAGAAGUCGUCCUCGUCGUCUGUCGUGUCCCAGCAGCAGCAUCACCAGCGAGCCAACCCAACCACCUUGCCACUUCCUUUGACCCCAGAGUCUCCAAAUGACCACAAGGGAUCACCGUUUGAGAACAAAACCAUUGAACGCACAUUGAGUGUGGAGAUCUCUGGAACCCCAGGUCUGACACCACCUACCACGCCCCCCCACAAAGCCAGUCAAGAGAACCCUUUCAAAGCAUCGCUCAAAACCAAGUUGUCAUCAUGCUCCUCGUCUACCCUGGUGCACAAGAGGGCCCGGCUGGGCGAGUCAGGCCGUUGCGGGCCAGCCGCCCCUUGCGCGGGUCCUCCUAGGAAGGGCCCGGAGCAGACUGAGCUGUACGCCCAGCUGAGCAAAGCGUCUGCUGCGCUUCCCGCCUUGGUGGUCUCCGCGACGACAGGGGUCUGCCAGCAGGAGCACUGCCGCGGCGACGGCAAGCGGGGUGCCCAGCCCCGUAGCUACAGCGACCACGACUACUGCCAGUCGACGGCGGCCGCCGCUCAACGAGACGCCGCUGCCAGCGCCUGUGAGGCUAACGCUGGCGUUACCAUGACGACUACUACUACGACGACCCCUCCGAGGCCCAAUCCAGGCACGGUGGAGGAAAGGCAUGUGGAAUGUAAGGACUCAACCAUGCCGCCAUCCUCCUCCUCUUCAUCCUCCUCCUCAACGACAUCUCUAUUAUACUCAUCGUCUUUGGCCAAGCAGCUUCAGCAGCAGAGUGCCUCCUCUGUGGAGGCGGAGUCUCGGGGGCAGUACCGAACACCCGCCACCCAGGCCAAACCACCGUCACCACAGACCUCAGAAGGGGACCAGCAGCACGCCAGCAGGAAACUGCCUCUGCGAGACCAGGAGAUCAGAGCGGAGCUCAACAAGCACUUUGGUCACCCCCAGCAAGCCGUCUACAGUCAAGAUGAGCAAAAGGAGGUGGCGAUGGAGGAGGGGGCCCAGGGAGGAGGGGUGAAGGCCGGAGCCCCGCACCCUUCCAAGGAGAGCCCUGCUGGGGACGAUUACUACUGCAAGCUCCCUGGGUCUACAGGGUACCUGCCCCCGGGCCUCCCUCCCUUCCAUGAGGAACUUGAGCUGGAGGGCCGUGGCGUCGAGGGGCGCUUCCUCUACCCCUGGGAGGGCACCCCCCUGGACCUCCUUUUCGAGUCCUGCUCGCCAUCCUCCUCGCCGUCCAGCUGCUCCCCCUCACGGGGCUCCAUCUCGCCCCCCUCCUCCCUCCUCCUUUCUCCCAGACACUUCAACUGGCCCCGCUCCCCGUCCUCCCGCUCCCGCAGUUCCUCCUCCCGCCAUCGGAGGCGCUCCCUUUCCAGCUCGCCCGACGGACGUCCCUCAUCGCGGUCUCGUCACAACAUGGACAGCACCUCGCGCUCCAGGACCCAGAAAAGCCCUCACACGCAGUUUCGAUCCCAGUCCAGAUCCCCGCUCAGUCGCAGGCCAAGGUACGACAGCUACGAGGAAUACCAGCACGAGCAUCUGAAGCGGGAGGAGUACCGCCAGGACUACGAGAAGCGGGAGUUCGAAAGGGCCGAGCAGAGGGAGAGGCAAAGUCAGAAAGCAAUAGAGGAGAGACGGGUGCUGUAUGUGGGGAGACUGAGGGCCGACAGCACACGGACUGAGCUGAAGCGUCGCUUUGAAGUCUUCGGCGAAAUCGAAGAGUGUGCCGUGAACCUUAGAGAUGACGGGGACAAUUUUGGCUUCAUCACCUACCGCUACACUUGUGACGCCUUCGCUGCCCUUGAAAACGGACACACCUUACGCCGGUCAAAUGAGCCCCAGUUCGAGCUGUGCUUCGGCGGACAAAAGCAGUUCUGCAAAUCGAAUUACACAGACUUGGAUUCCCAUUCUGACGACUUUGAUCCAGCCUCCACUAAAAGCAAGUAUGACUCCAUGGACUUUGACAGCUUGCUGAGAGAGGCCCAGCGUAGCCUGAGAAGGUAACAAGUGUUCUGUCACCUGCUGUCCAGCCAGAGGGAUGUCUUGAUACCUCACUAAGUUCUGUCCUUUGACUACCAGAUGUUUUACACUCUAUGUAAGAGAGUAUAUAAAGAUGAAUCUCUCUCUCUCUAUAUAUAUCUAUAUAUAUAGAUAGAUAUAUCUCUAUAUAUAUAUAGAUAUAUAAAUAUAGAUAUAGAUAUAUAGAUAUAGACCUAUAUAAAAAGUAUAUUAAAAAACCAAGUUUACAUGAACAUAGCUGCUGAAGAAGCUGGGAAUAGACAGUACCGGGAAUGCCAGUGAAUCCUCAGAACCCUGUGUUCACGCGUGUGCUGUACUGCUGUACAACGGUCAGUGAAAGACAAAAACAUUCAAGAGAUUUUUUUUUUCUCCUAGCACUACAAACACCCGACGAUGCUUUGAUUGGUGAACAUGUGCAACUUGAUUAGUCUUUUUUUCUUUUCUUUUUUUUUUGUCCUUGAUUUCCUCUCUUUUUUUAAUAUGGUGUUUGGAUGUGGUGUUACAUUGUUAACGAGAGUAUAGGGAAUGUGUCUUGGGCACUGGAGAUAACAUUGCUGUCUACAUUUUCGGACAAAAAUGUAGCUCUGUAUUUACAGAUAUGAUCAAAAGGAUUAUUAUUUUUGUGUGUACAUAUCAGACAAAGUUAUUUAUUUGUUACAGCUAUGCACUGUAAAAUGCAGCCUUUUGAUGAAGAAUUUUUCUUAAUUAAGAAUGUCAAUCUGUAAAAUGAUGUAAAACAUAUUGUACAUCUACAUGAAGUUAAGAAGACAUGACAUGAUUGUAAAAACGUGUUGGAGGCUCAUUUUGAGGGAGCAUGUGAACAAAUUAAAUUUUUUUAAGAUUUAUUUUGUUGGGAAAAAAACCUUGUAUAGUUUUAUCUGUUUAUAAAGUUUCUCAAUCAGUGUUUUUCCUUAUACAACCAGUGUAAAAUGCAUUUUUAACGUGUUUUUUCAUGAUUGUAAAAAAAAAGACCCCAUUUUUUAUUAAUUAUUUCUGAAACAAUCAGUAUGUAUCAAUUCAUUUUGAUUUCAAUGCUUUCUAUGGUUCUUGUUUUGAUAAUUUUACUCUCAGUGAGAAAAUAAUGUUUAAUCUGUUUAAUCAGAAUAAACCAUGCAUAUUUAUCUAUUUAUUUUAAUAUAUUAAUCAAAAAUAUUUAUGGUCCAUCUCACAUGGUGUACCUCACAAAUGUUUUGCUAUUUAUAUUUUCAUUUGAUUUUCCUUAUUUAACUUACAAUCAGUUGGUAAACUGUACCAUUGUUUAAGGGAAUAUUACUUUCUAUGCCUUUUAGAAACAAUCAAAAGAUUCAUAAUAAUCUCAUCAACAGUGGGCCCUCAAGAGCGAUGCUGCUCAAUCUCCAAGUGAUUUCUUUCUGAACAACAGUAUUUUGCAGCAGUGACAAAAUGUCUAACACAUUAUUUUUCUUUAUACACAGUAGAACAUAAAGCAAUAAAAUGAUUUUGCAGGUAUUUUGUUGUAUCACACUGUACAAAUCUGUGUUGUUGCCCCACACGCUUGAUUAUGUGAAUGCCAAACAAAAGUUUACAAAUUUAUUUCCUGAAUUUUUUAAAAAUCUUGUAUUUGAUGUACAA